AUGUCCUUCUUAUCUUUUCAGUCCAUCAUUUGGCUCCAUAAAACUUUGGAUUAAUUUUUGCAUCGUCACAGUGGAUGAAACUGAGUUGCAAUUUGCAGCCCUGCAACAAUGGCUGACUGCAUUCCAGAUAACUCCACCAGCGUUAUCCAGAAUCCUAAGGCUGACCUACAGGAUGGUACCAAAGUUUCACCUGAGUCCGCAUCAGCAGCUGUGAUCAAAGUGAGACCUGCAGACCUGGGACUGAUUCGAAGCCUGUCAAAGUCAGACUCUGACCUGUUGGCGUCUCCGGUCGGAGAGGAGGACGGAGGUCUGGCAAACCGCAGCGGCUCUGUGGCUAACUGCAGUUCUGGGCAGCCGUCCAUCGAGCGCAUGCCUUCCUUUGCAUCUGAGUGGGAUGAGAUUGAGAAGAUCAUGACAUUGAUUGGGGCUGGCAUUGAAACAACAAAGAACCAGCAUCACAAGCCAAGCCCAGAUGGGGCCUGUGGUAAAGCCCUGGACCAGCCGGUCGGAGAGUGGCUGGAGCACGUGGGGCUGCCGCAGUACGAGAGCAAGUUUCUGCUCAAUGGCUUUGAUGACCUACGAUUCAUGGGAAGUAACGUGAUGGAGGACCAAGAUUUAAGAGACAUGGGGAUCACUGACCCGGGGCACAGAAAGAAAAUCCUCCAUGCAGCACGUGGCUUUCCCAAGGUGAAACCACUGGGUUGUGAUGGCAGCACAUCUUUAGCCUCUUGGUUGGACGGCCUUGGCCUGCAUGAGUAUCUUCCCAACUUUCUCUCUAAUGGCUACCGAACCCUGGAGUGUGUGAAGAACUUGUGGGAGCUGGAAAUUGUCAAUGUCAUUAAGGUCGGGCCCUUAGGCCACAGGAAGAGGAUCAUUGCAUCUCUAGCAGAGAGACCCUAUGAAGAAGCUCCCUCUAAAUCCCGUCGGCUGUCCCCAAUUAUGUUCCAUGACCUCCUAUCCCAGACCACUUCGCCCCUCAGUCAGUUGGACCCCUACACCAGUCGCUCCAUGGACAUGCUCCUCCCCCUGACCGAGUCGGACCGGAGGCGAAGAGCAGUGGAUCAAGACUGCAGUAUUUCGCUGCGAUCCUACAAUGAGAGGCCGCGUUCUGUAGACAGACACAGUGAACGACAUAAAGAGUCUCGAUUGAACCUCCGGCCACCGAGCCAAUCUGCCACGUACGCCACCGUGUCCGCCUGGCAUCACCAGCCUGAGAAGCUCAUCCUGGACUCCUGCAGGUACGAGGCAACAUAUUUAGGAUCAUUGAUAAUCAGGGAUUUACGAGGAAUUGAGUCCACACAAGAUGCCUGUGCUAAAAUUAGGAAAUCAAAGGAUUCCAAAAAGGGCCCAGUUGUCAUACUGUCCAUUACCUAUAGAGGUGUCAAGUUCAUCGAUGCUGCCACUAAGAUGAUAGUUGCAGAGCAUGAAAUCAGAAACAUCUCGUGUGCCGCCCAGGACCCAGAUGACCUCUGUACCUUUGCUUACAUCACCAAGGACUCGAAGAGCGGCCACCACUUCUGUCACGUCUUCAGUACUGUGGAAGUCAUUCAAACGUAUGAGAUCAUCUUAACACUGGGACAGGCCUUUGAGGUGGCUUAUCAGAUGGCAGUUCAGGCCAGGGCGAGACACUAUGUGCCUCCAACAUCUCUGGGCUCAGAGUUCAUAGAAACCAAAACCAGCCGCCCAGUGUCUCAGUCGUGGAACAGCACGAGAAGAUCAGCGGGUGCCCCUCUGCUCGAAUGCCGCUGCUGUCACUGUCACACGUGUACUACCCACCGUCCUUCCUUCCUCCCGUUGCACUCUGUUAGCCCUGGAAUCCAGAUCGACCCCCUGGAGAUGGAUGGCGACAUGCAGUCGCUGGGCAGCACCACCUGGCUCUGCGACCAGCGGGACUCCAACAGGCGUCCUGUCAGCACCAACCUGUCCUGUCUUACCAGGCAUCUACCACUGUGAGGCACUAUGAGGAGGCUGCUUUGCUAGCAUGGGAUGCAAGAUGGACAAAUAACAUAAAUAUAUAUAAAUAUAUAUAUAAGUGAAAGACAAAAACAGCAACAUGCAGCAAACAACCUGUAUUUUUUUACUCAUUUGUACAGUACUCAUAGUAAGACCACAUAUGGAUUGGUCACAAAUCUAUCACUGAUGUCUGAACUCAAAGUGGACUGAGAGCUGAAACCUCCUUACACAAUAUUGCAGUAAUUAUAAUUAACUAAAAAAAUCCCACCUGAUCUCCUAUCCUGCCAAACUCCAGCACCCAACAGCUGCACGCCUACAACCAGUUUUUAACAGAAAGAAGAAAAAAAAAAGUUACAUUUUGGAUUUCCUGCUGUAUCUAACUGUGACUGGCUGGAAAGACGUGUAGAUGAUGGUACAGGUUUGUUGAGAUGAGUUUGGCCUUGUACUGCCCAGUGCCUGUCAGCAUUAAUGGUAGCGCUGAGAGCCUGCAAAUCUUCUUCAUUUAAAAACAAAACUAAAACCACUGUGUUUAAAAAAAAUCAAAGCAGCACUAUCCCUUUUAAAACUUUGUCUUCUUACAGUGCAAGUGUAGUAUUAGUGCAUUUUGUGAUACUUUUUUAAAGAUGGGAGGUAAUUGAAAACAGAUUAGAAAUAUCUCGAUAGAGAUAUAGAGAAGACAACGACACAGAAAAUAACAAAAGUAAGCAUAUUAAGGAUGUUGGAGGUAGUCCCAGGCUUUAUGUAUUUUUGUAAUCUACAAUCAAAGAUCAGUUCAUUGAAGCUGUAGUUUAGACUUUUGAAGUGAGGAUAUAAUAAAAAGAAAAAAGACACUAAUAUCUUACCUUCAGUAAUGAAGUCUUUUGGUGUUUUCAUUCAGACAAACAAAAAAUGGUCAUGUCCUGAAGGCUGAAGUUAAAAAGUCAUAUGAGAGAGGUAAAUACCAAAGUGGACUUUUCUUUUCCAAAAUAUCAAACUGAAAAAUGUUAUUGUGUUAUACAAACACAAUAUCACUUUUCUGUUUGACAGUUACUUAGAUUGGGUCAAAGGAGAUGUGCCAUCAAUAAUGAGAAAAAGAUUCAAUGUGUUCCCUGAUAAACUUUUCAAGCAAUUGGAAACAUUUUUAUCUUAAAACUCUUCACUCAGUAGUUUGGUAACACCCUUCUAUUAUAUCUUAAAGUCAUUUGGAUCAGUGAACCAAUAAUCAUACAUUUCUGGUCUUGUAAUGGAGGUUGGACAAGCAAAUCCUUCUUCUCUAGUGUGCUGAGUUUGCAUUAUUCUGGCACAAUGUAAUGAAGUUCACUCUCCCCAACUUCAAAUUCAAACUUUGGUGAAACUAAGCUGGUAUUGCAAAGAAUGGCUUAAUAUUUUGGCAUGGUUUUUAUUGUCAAGUUCAAGUUGAUAAGAACUUAAUUUAUGACGUUCUGCUCUCCGUACAUUUUUAGUAAAAAUCAUUACGUCAAUAAUCCUUAAUUUCAAUGUAAAGUGUUGUGUCAAUGGUCGAAAGAUUUAUAAAAAUUGUUCUCACAUAGAUUAACUUACUUUUAGAAAAACAAUGCCGAUCAUAAGUCAAUUAUGUUUUUAUUAUUACAAUGAGACCAUUACUAUGACUACUUCCAUGGUCCAUUUUCAAUUGCUGUUACAUGCAGGAAGUUAAUUGUUGUUGCAUCUCCUCCAAUGUGUAUUUAGAAAAUUGCUGUGACAUAUUAGACUGUUGUUUUUUAAGAUGGUAGAAGUCCACUCAGUGUUUUUAGCUGUUAGUUUCAGCCUCCAGGACUAACCAAGAUGUUUGCUGUUAAUAACCUUCUAAGAUAACCCCACUUAAAAAAUCCUGAGCUGCCUCUUUAACACCAAUAUAUUUAUGAGCCCCCAGCAGAGAUUGGUGCACAUUUCCCUUCAUGGCAAGCUUAUUAUACAUGAUUACAUGUAGCUUUCCAUUUAACUCCAUUUCCGAAUCUGGUACAGUACACGUAAAGUAUGUCACUUCACGUAAUUGAGAGUGUGUUUUUUCCAUCGAGUUAAUGCAAAUAGUGUGUAAAGCUGGCAACAAAACAUGGUUAUUUUUUAAACCAAGUAUUUUCCUCCUGCACUGUGAUUGAAAAACAGAAGAAAGAUGCUGAUUGUGACGAUGAGACAUGUCUGGGUGCCCCCUCCUGUGCACUGCCAGCUGUGUGUGCUGUUUGCUUUGUUUUUGUCUGUCCUCAUGGACGUUUGGACUGCUACAUCACUGGCCGCUGUCCUUGUUUCUGUGUGCCGCAGGAGGAUUGGGAGAGUUCUUCUCCAAAGACAGUGUGUCUGAAGACUGUAUAGAUGUAGCUGCUGUCUGUGCGGCACUGUGGUUGUGUCAUUGCCACUUUGUUCUGACUUUUAUCUGUUAGCUUCCACUGAUGAUGCAUGUUUGGCAGUGUCUUUGUGUUUUGUCCCCUCUGAUGCAUUAGGCCUGAGCAGUCUCUGUAUGUACUGUACUGUAGCAGCGUCUUGUCUCCAUUCUUUCAUCUGCCAUAUGUCUUUUAUGUUCCCACUCUCUGCUUACAUGCUAAUUCAUCACCCAUCCCUCCGUUUCCACCUUUCUCACCAUUUUUGUCACUCGUCCCCUCCAUUUUGUGUGUCUCCAGGACAACCUGCUCUCGUAUGGCUGCACACUAUAAAAAAAAAAAAAAAAAAAAGCAUUACACUUUAAUGAAGAGCAGCUAUUUAAAGUGAGAAUUGGUAGCAUGAUGUGGCUCUGCAUGUACCUGUCCUCUUUUUAACAUUCGUAUUCUCCCUGUGUAGCUCGCUCCAACGUUCAAGUUUCCGGACACCAAGCUGUGAGUUGAAGGGGAGCAGCCGAUGCGAGUGUGUUAGAGUGUGUUGAAUUAGUGCACAAAGCAGUGGGGAAAUGGUUAAAAGAGAGAGAGAGGGAAAAGGGGCCAACCAGCGUUACUCUGACAUUUAGGUCUCACUCUGUACACCUCCUGCUCCUCCACUGCCCCCGAGACGAAUUCCCAACUCACAGUCAAAAGGUAACUUGUGGUCCCACAUCACUGGCUGAACAGAACCUGUGUAUCACUCCAGUCUCGAGAAAGGUCAAGUCUACUUCCUGGCCUCCGUGUGACUUACGGAUCUUGUCAUGUAGGUACUGUUAUGUAUAGAGCACUGUAGUAACAUAGACCAUUAAUGAGAAUUUCUGUUGAUUCGGGUCUACUGAAGAUAGCAAGAGCGCGGUCUGAAAAAGGGUAACAAAAGAGAAAAAAAUAAACUGUACCAGCAUACAAUGCUUUGCCCAUAUUUGUGGUCAGAGUAUGGUUUGUUGUUGAAAAUGUGAUACUGUUUCAAAUUUCAAAGCAAUAUUAUAUUCAUGAUAUUAAAUAAUACAAAGACUAAAGAAACCCUCCUAAGUCUGUUGUCAGCAUUGAUUUUCUUUACAUGGCUGAGCAGUUAAAAACAGACACAUUACACCAGCUGUUUGAAAUCAAAAGUGACAUUACAAGAUGGUAAUUGUUGUACAAUUGUGCUUUCAUUGUUUCCCCCACUGAACAAGAUUAGUGGGUGGUGCGACUUCUAAUCUAAACAAACGAUUAGCCCCGUUUGUGCCUCUCUUGUACUUUAUUAUUUUCAAGUUGCAGAGCUGAAGCUCUUACUGAUCUUUGGGAAACAAAAAGAAAGAAAAGAAAACACAAAGAUGAAUACUGCUGUGUGAGUGUUGUUGGUGUUCAGAGAUCCCUCUAAGUAUGAACAAAAACAAUUAAAUGUCAAGUGACUCAUUUUAAGCGUAACCAGGAAUGACUUGAAUUAUAACACUUCACAUUUUGCAACAUAUUUUUAAACACAGAUUUACCUUGUAUUUUUUAUGUGCUGCACUAAACAUUUAAAAACAAAUAUAGAAUCUCUGUAACAAUGUCAGUAAAGUUUCAGCAAACAAGUCAAAAAUCUCUGUGGCACAGGAUCCUGGAAAUCCCCCAAAACAACAAGAUGAAUUGUUAACAGUCCAGACAUGUUUGAGCAUUUCUGAACAUUUAGCUUGCAGCUAAUGCACAGCUCUGUAACUUCCCAUCCACCUCACUGAGACAGCAGAAAAUUCACUCAGUUAAAGAAACAUCCCCACUGUUUUCUCACAUUGUGCUUCGUUGACGUAAACUGAUAAAAAAAAAAAAUAAUAAUUUCAUUAUUAGACUGUGAGAAAUUGCUCAAUAGGAUGAAAAUUUUACAAAAGAGUAGAUUAAAGAUAUAGCCUAAAUAAUUAUCUUACAUUAUAUUUUUGAAACUUGCUUAAACACCUUAGCCUUGAGUCAUGAGGUUACAUACUCUAUCAUAGUUAGCUUUAAUUUGUUUAGAUUUUUUAAAGUUCAUAUUGAUUUAUCUUUAUUAUAGAGGAAGCCAAUUACACAACACUGACUUCCUAUGUUCAGUUCCUAAGUACAAAUGAUUAUGAAUCAAAAUAAAUAAAUUAAUCUGCAUUCAUAUUUUCUUCAACAUUUUAAUGCACUUAUCAUCAAAGAACAAUAAAUUUACUAACCACAAGAAAGGCAUCUAUUCUACUGCAUGUGUUUUAUAAUCUAAAGGUUUCUUUUGGAUCCUGGUGGAACCACAUUACUAAUAUUAAACAUAAAACCUCUCACUUACUGAAGCUGAAAGAACCUCCAUUCUGUGUACAGAGGAAGAAAAAAAAUGCUGCAGGAACUUGACACAAAAAAAGACAAACAUAAAAUAGGCUCUAAAGUAAAUAAAGAAAAAUAUAAUUCAAUUACAUUUUGAAAGGUUGGUUAGUCCUCUUGAUGAUUCUAUCUGAAAUUACAAAUCCAUCUCAUUGAAAGAAGUUUCAGGGUAUGAGCCAUCACCAGGGACUGAUCAACCAAUCAGAAGCAAAGCUGUAAAAGCAUUAGUUGAUCACAAAGGAAUUCCACUAUUUUUAUAAAACACCUCAUUUUGAUGUGGAUGUCUUUAAUUUCUAAAAAUCUUCGUAACUUAUCACUGUAGAGUUAAUAAUGAACUGAGGUUGGUUUCCUAUUCACACUGUUGUUUUUAAAGGAGCCAAGAUCCAAAACCGCUUUUCAAAGAGGUUAAAGUACCAUUUUGGUACGUAAUCGAGUUCUGCAGAGAUGAUUGUCUCGUCAAAAUGAUUCCCUGCAGACCACAAGCCCCCGAGGUUCAAUUUCAUAAUGAAACCCAAAACUGAGACUUAAAACGAAUACAAACUAGCUACUUUAGACCAAAUCGUUAUUAUUAAAAGAAGCUUAAAAUAUAUAUUUAUCAAUUUCAAAAAUCUCAUUAAAAGCAGAAAAAUAACUGCUUCAUUGUGGUAGAUUAAAGAAUAUAAGUGUGAGUUCAUUUUUUUAGUAAAAAUAUGUAAUGAGCACUUUACUCAUUUUCACAUUAAUGGUUGAUUAUGGCUCUCAGUCUGAAAAGUUAUGUUGCAAGUAAGCAGCAGACCAGGAAGAGAAAAAAAAUAUAAACAAACUUUAUUACUUGUUUUAUUACUACAAAGAAACCCCAAAAGUAAAGUGGCAUAUAUUAUUAUGAAGGCCAUAUGUAGGAUAUUUAUUUUACUCAGUCCAUUAUUUUUAAAUAUAGUUUUUCACUAAGAGUAUUUGUUUAAGAUUCAUGUAUUUUUAUUUACUUGUUCUGUAAUUUGAGCUGUUUGAAUGGCUAUGAAAUAUGAAAAAGGAAAAAAAAAAAGUGUUUUGUUUCCCAAUAAAAGCCUGUUUAUUUACACAAUUCCCUUUUAACAGUAUAUAUAGAUCUGGUUUAUAAUCAAAGGUGCAAAGGAAGAAUAAAAAGAAAUACAAAAAAGUG